AUGGCCGACCCAAUCUCGGUCGCUGCUGCUGGCACAGAAGCCGUCAAGUUGUGCUUGGAAUUGGUGCAUCGGGUCUCCACGGCAAUAGACCUCCAGAAAACAGGGAACGCCAAACUCGAGACCAUUUCUGAUGAUCUCACCAGUGUCAGCGAUGUCAUCAAACUGGUAAAUGCGCAAGAAGAACUGAAAACGAAAGGCGUCCUCAAGGCUGUGACCAACAUUCAGAAGAUCACCAUCAAUGUGCACAAAUACGUUGAGCGCGUGAAAGAAAAAUCGACGACUGGGUCCAAGGCUCGCCAAAUUACUUACCAGUUCAUGAAGGGUCCUGGUGAGUGGGAGACGCUGAGCGUAAUGAUGAUCCAUCUCACUGCAGCCAAGGCCACUCUGAGUUUGCACAUCCAAAUGGCCCAUGUUGGAUUGACGGCAGCCCAAGGGCCUCAAGCCGUUAAUGUGGUGAACAUCAAUGUUCUAGGAGAUGUCAAUCAGAAAGUCGAGAAGAAGCUGGGUCGAGGGUUGUUAAUCGCCCAAGUGUUCAAAGACAAAAAGCCAGAUCACAAGGGGAUGAUAUACCUUACCAGCGACGAAUGCGAUGCUCUUCCAUUCGCCGAGGCAGAUCCCGUUGAAGGGAUCCUCGCAGCAGGGACUCUCCAAGUUCUAAACAACAGAACCUUCGACCAAGCUCUGCAGAUCAACGGCAUGGUUGGUAUGGAGACGUGGAGCAAGUUCAGCCAGAAUCUCAUCAUCGAAAACAACGAGGCCAGAGGGUUCAGCACGCAGAUCAAUGUUCCGAUUAAGGAUGACACGUACAGAGAUGCUCUACAGAACCGGUUGGAACUUGCAAAGGCAAUGGCAGGAGCGGGGACAGGGUGGCAACCUCCGCCGUACGGACAACAUUGGGGGUAUCCAGCUCCGCCAAUGCCUAGCACACAGAUGUAUGGCCAGCCGCCGCAGAUGUGGAUGAAUCCGGCGCUUCCCCCUGGGCAAGGCGGGCUGGAGAAGGGAGAAACUCCUAGGUCGUUAAUGUCUUCGUACGAACAGCAACAGCUACCUAACUACGGACUGUAUUCCGGAUACCCGUAUCGGGUCGACACGCCAGCUCAACAAGGGAGCCCAAACACAAAGAUGGAUACCGCAGAUUAG